AUGGUGAUGGAAGAUACCGAGAGUUGUGGAAGCAGAGCUUCGGAAUCUUCGCCGAGUCAGAAUAGGAAGCGAAGACAGAAGGUUGAGGUUUAUCAUGAGGUUCUGCGGAGGCUUAGAGAUUCGAGCAGUGAAGAGGCGAGUCAACCUGGUUUUGUUGAUGAGCUUUGGACUCAUUUCAAUCGACUUCCACUUAAGUAUGCUCUGGAUGUGAAUGUUGAGACGGCACAAGAUGUUUUGAUGCACAAAAAGUUGUUGCAUAUGGCUCAUGACUCUACUACCGGACCUGCAUUUGAUGUGCGCCUUGUGCAGGUAAAUACUGCAUCUGAUGGAAGUUGUGGUAAUUAUGCUCAUUCAAACUUCGCACGAAAAGGCAAUGUUCUAGGUCCUGAUUGGCUUGGAAGAAAGAGUGUCCAUCCACCGCCUGCCUUUAGUUUGUCAUCAGGUGCACUUGAAGCCAAUAAAUCACAUGUUCAAGGUGGAAACAGUGCUGAGACAGCCAAUCUCCACUUAUAUCGGCCUUUGCAUGAAAUAACAAUUUCAACAAAGGACAAGCCAAAACUCCUAAGUCAGUUAACGUCCUUACUUUCUGAGAUUGGGCUGAACAUUCAAGAAGCUCAUGCCUUUUCCACAACAGAUGGCUACUCCUUGGAUGUCUUCGUUGUUGAUGGUUGGGCAUCUGAGGCAACCGAACAGCUCAAAAAUAUACUGGCGGAGGAAAUUCCAAAGGUUGAGAACCAAUCUGUGUCAAAACAAUUUUCUGUACCUCUGGAGGUGGACUCCAGGCAAAUCGGGAUCAAACUUCUCCCAAACCAAGUUAACAUACCAACUGAUGGGACUGAUGUCUGGGAAAUUGAUGCCAAGCUGUUGACAUUUGAGGAAAAAAUUGCUUCUGGAUCAAAUGGAAAUUUGUACAAGGGUACCUUUCGUAGUCAGGAUGUGGCUAUCAAAGUUUUCAAGUCUGAGUACUUAAAUGAAGAUGUACAAAAGGAGUUUGCUCAAGAAGUAUUUAUAUUAAGGAAAGUUCGGCACAAGAAUGUCGUGCAAUUUAUUGGUGCAUGUACAAGACCUCCAAGCUUAUGUAUCGUGACUGAGUUUAUGUCCGGUGGAAGUGUAUAUGACUAUCUGCAUAAACAAAAAGGCAUUUUCAAGCUCCCUUCAAUUCUUAAAGUUGCAAUUGAUGUUUCAAUGGGAAUGAACUAUUUGCACCAAAAUAAUAUAAUCCACAGGGACCUCAAGGCUGCCAAUCUUUUGAUGGACGAAAAUGAAGUUGUCAAGAUUGCUGAUUUCGGUGUUGCCAGAGUGCGAGCUCAGUCUGGAGUGAUGACUGCAGAAACAGGAACGUAUCGCUGGAUGGCUCCAGAGGUUAUCGAACACAGGCCAUAUGACCACAAGGCUGAUGUUUUCAGUUUCGGAAUUGUAUUAUGGGAACUGCUAACUGGAAAGCUUCCUUAUGCGCACUUGACCCCAUUACAGGCUGCAGUUGGUGUGGUCCAGAAGGGCCUAAGGCCUACAAUACCAAAGCACACACAUCCAAAGAUAGUGGAAUUGCUUGAGAAAUGUUGGCAGCAAGAUCCAUAUUUGAGGCCUGAAUUUUCCGAAAUUAUUGAGAUCUUGCAAGACAUGGCCAAGACGGUUGUGGAAGAAGAGAGGGCUAGCAAAAGAAGGACCCAACUAGGAGAACCUUGUUAGCUCACAGAUGGGCGGUUGAGUAUAGAGGCACGACACAUGAGUGAGAAUGCUUUCUGCUGUUACUGUUUCUGCAUAAGCGUAGGUGGACCCAUCUCCAUCUCCAUCUCCAUGGAAUUGGCCCUGCUGAAAUUUUUGAAAGUCAUGGUGGGUUUACUAAAUUUAAGUUCGAAAUUGUUUUCGUAGUUGGCCACCAGUAGCUCUUGGAAAAUUAAUAUAGGGGUCAGACAGUCUUGGACAUUAAAAUGCCAUGUUAUGGUUUCGAAAAUGGGCUCGAAGACAGACUUAAAGAAUGUUGAUUUGGUCAUUUCACCGGACUUGAUUGUAAAGGCAAAGAUCAAAAUUUUGUUUUAUAACAGUAGAAACGUUUUCGUUUUCAACGAAAUUAAAACGAAUCAAUGAUAUAAUCAAAAUUUAAAUAUUU